UCGUGGCAUGCCUAGACAUGUCCUCUCGUUGAAUACAAUAGAAAGUCUCGCUCACGGGGAUUUAUGAAAAGUGUUUGGCAACCAGUGUGCUGCUUCAGUUCAGAAAUCAAACACCGUGUUGUGUACGUCGGAGAAAAACACUUGCUCGUGAAAAUGCCUCUGGCUAAAGACCUGCUGAACCCGACUCUUGACUUCGAGAGAAGGCAACAUAAGAAGAAGAGACUGGUGCAGAGUCCAAACUCUUAUUUCAUGGAUGUGAAAUGCCCAGGUUGCUAUAAAAUCACAACAGUGUUCAGCCAUGCUCAGACAGUAGUGUUGUGUGUUGGGUGUUCCACAGUGCUCUGCCAGCCCACAGGAGGAAAGGCUAGGCUGACCGAGGGUUGUUCUUUCCGAAGGAAGCACUAAUGAAAAUAAUUAAACUGGAUCUUUUGGAAAAAAAAGUUCCUUAUCGUUUCAUUGAUUGCAAUGAGUGGAAUGUCACUACAGUGAUUAUUAUGUGGAAGAUUAUUUCUACUGUCACUUUUCUGAAUAAAGUCUGAGCAGUG